CUUCGCACGCCGCCCACCUCCGAGCGCGACAAGGCCCGCCUCUUCGAGUUCUUCGACCACCCCGACUUCAAGACCUACAUCCACGGCUUCAGCAUCCGGCCGUACCUGAAGCGCGGGCCGCUGCUCAAGGACCUGCUCUGGCACCUGGUGGCCGAGUACCGCACGCAGCCGCUCGACCCCGACACCUUCCAGCUCAUUCUCAACGUGCGGGACCACGUGAUGCUGAGCGGCGCGGGCGCGCUGCCCGUGGAGAAGGCGUUCGUGUGCAACACCACCGGCUCGCCCAUCGACGACAAGCCCAAGCCCAUCCUGCCGGCGCUCACGCCCUGCGUCGGCACGGCCACCGACGUGCACUCCAAGAUCGACGUCUUGACGCUGCUCACCGCCUUGAAGGACAGAGUCCCUCUCUACAUCGUCACCGCCUUCAUGCAGCACAUUCUCAACACGUCGAUGGAAAACGACCUGCAAGAUUUCGAAAUCAUUGCCUACGAAACGAGAGGACAACUGCUCACGGGUAUUCUGGGUUACAUCGCAAACAAAACACACGUGGCAGACGAAACCAGAGAAACCUUACUGAAGAUGCGCGAGUAUGUGCUUCAAGACGGUCCUGGGGCAGUGCGUUUUACCGUUCACCCUUGUGAGGAUCCUAUAGAGUAUCCGCAGAACGGUACGGGCCCCAUACUGAUGCAAAACGAUGGAAAGAUCUGCGAAAAUUCAACGGACGCGGCGUCCUCCGCUGGGUACAAGUUGCACCUGUCCUCCUUACUGAGCGUGAUUCGCGGGAGCGCUCCGCGCCGCUACCUCGUGCAGACGCUGGCCUUCCUGUCCCGUCCCGCGUCCGCCUCUUCGCUCACGAGGAACGUCGACGUUUUGGAUUUCUCGUCGCGAGGGCCGCUGUUCAAGGAAUUGCUCACCGUCAUUGCCACUAAACCGAACGUGGAGAGGACAGUGCGGCGGGCGGCCACGGCGCUCAUUCCGUACAUUUACCUCAACGGCCCAGGCAGGUUGCCGCUCAUCCUCCUGACAAGUUGCAGCGAAGACGAGCAACUGGCGGAGCCCGCGGAGACCGCCCAACCGCAGUCUGGCGUGUGCGCGCAGCUCCCCAACGGAGAGGCAGCGUCGCUCGUGGACAUGGAAGCCUUGAUCCGCGUCUUCGACUCGGAGGCGCCUCUCGUCCACAAAGCACGAUUUUUCGGUUUCCUCUCCCAGACCAACGUACACGAACUCUUGAAAAACGUGGAUAUCGAUUCUUACAUCACUAAAGCAGAAUUAAUACAGGACAUUCUGGUAGAACUUUGGAUGAACACAUCUUACGGUGCUGACUUGAGUGAAGCGGCCAAGAAACUGCUACCGUUUGUGUCUUUUGAUGGCAUUGGUGGGCUUCCACCCAAACGAACAGAAGUGUGCUUCAACCCUGACACCAAAGAAAUUCUUGUACCCCCCUACCCGCAACCGAUGGAAUGGAAAUUCGAGUUCGUGUCCGACAAAGAAUGUUCGUAUCUCGACCUUAGCAUUCACGCGACGAAAGUGUACUCUUUCGACCUCGAUUCCGUGUUCCUAGCGUUCCAGCAGACCGCGAAGGCAGAGGAAAUCGCCGUGCUGAAGAACUACCUGCUGCAGCCCAGCGCCAGCGCGCACUUGCAGGGGCUGGACCUGGAGAAGCAGGUGACGCGCGGGCAGCUGCUGGAGAACAUCGUGACGCUGGUCAAGUUCUCGCGAUUCAGCGGCGGCCGCAUGCCACCCGACGUGAAGGACGCGCUCAAGCACCUGGCCCGGCGAAUCAACGCGAACGGGCCCGCCGCGCGCGCGCCCGUCGCCGUCUCCAGCCGCUGCCGCCCGCAGGCGAAAGGCGCAGCGCCCUUGCUCAACCUCUUGAUCGCCAUUCUGCCCGAAGACGACCGCAACCCCUCCGUUACCAAAGCGCUCAACGAUAUCUUCGAAGCUCUGCUCAGUAAAAAGGUCAGCUUGUACGAUGUGCUGCCAGCCCUCGACCCCAACCAACCCCUCUCCAGGUAUCAGCUUCUGAGAAUCGUCCUCGAACGGCUGCGUAAAAUACAAAGUCUGAAGCUCGAUUUCGAGAUAUCGCUCGUUCUUAUGCACAUCUCGGAAAAAACGAGCGAUUCGGAACUCCCGAAGCUUGCGGACGCUGAAUCCAAAUCAAACAACACUAUUGUUGACAUCGACUACAUUGAAUUAAUAAAGGUAUUCAAAUCGGAGGCACCAACAGAAGAAGUUUCGAUGCUGGAAAGUUUUAUGAAGAGUCCAGAGUUUAAGGAAAGUAUGAAAGACUUCAACGCAACUUCUUACAUUCGUCAAGGUGAGCUUUUAUUAGCUAUGCUUGAGUAUUUGAAAGCCUUAGUGAGACCUGAUCUGAAAAUUGCUAUUGAUAUUUUGAUUCCAUACAUUGAUUUUGAGGAUUUGGGGGCAUUGCCGCCGACAAUACACAAAGUACACGUCAAAACGAGAACUCAAGUUAGUAUUAUAACACUCGACUUUGGAUUGCUGUUCAGAUCGAUUCCGAGAAAGAAACUUACUCCUCAAGGUAAAGUAGCUUUGGAUGCGAUAUUCAAGUACCUUUCUAGCCCAACAGUCGACUUCAAAGAGUUAUUCCGAGGUAUAAAUCCUCAGCAGUCUACGCGAGUUCAAUUAAAAAUACUUCUCUUAAAGAUUAAACAAAUGGCUGGAGAAGAAAUUUCUGGCCAUGCUGCACACCUCUUAGAUAUCUUGUCUAAUGAGAUGGACGACACUGCUACAUACAACCCUGUUGCUCUGCCAAACCUCGAUUGGAUUGAAAUUCUUCAUGCAGUUCCUGAAACGAAGGUUCCACCUGAAGUAUUAAACGCAAAGAGAGAUCUAUAUACAUUUUUCAUUUCGAAAUCUUUUAAAAAUGUUGCCCACAACUACAUUGCUGAUAUAUCCGAAACACGAGCGAGAUUCCUUAAAGAUUUACUGUUCUUCCUUCGUGGUAAACCAGAGCUGAAAAUGGUGAAAAGUUCAAUAGCCUACGUAAUGCCGUUCAUCAAAGAAAAGGAUUUAGGGGAGGUUGUUAUUUCGGAUGAUAUUAUAUCUCCCAGAGACGAGGAAGAAGGAAAAAUCGGACAAAAUAGAGUGAAAGAAUUACUCUAUCAAGUACUUGGUAUGGUAGAACAACGAGGAUCUCUGGAUGUUGUUCAGAGUCUGCAAAAGAUAUUUAAAGAGACUCAAGUCCAAAUUGGUUCAACAUUUAUUGGAUGGGAUGUUUUAGAAGACUUCCCGCAGAAAGAAAGGAUUAUCAUAAUUCUCAAACGAAUUCGCAACAAUUUCGGACUGUUCCUUGGCGCUGACACCAUGGCAGCAAUUACAAUGGUGCUGGAGCAACUUGGUCAAAAUGUAGACGAAAUGGAUUCCCAUCUCAGUACCGACUUACCAGUUGACUUAGAGACACUUCUCGCAAAUGUUCUCAAUAAUAAAACGCCUCCUGAAAUAAGAAAUGCUAUGAACCUAACUUUGACGUACUACAACGAAAACAAAUUCCUGUUGGGUCGCGCUUUCGAAGGAAUGGUAGAUAGCAUGAAGAGGCUCAAUAAAACGUCUCAGCUCUCCGUCGUACUGCGCGUCUUCUGGAAGCUGCAAAACAGAGAGAAGGACGCGCUUGACCUUCACCCCAGCAACAAAACAUACGUCGACCAGAAUUUGGAUGCUUUGAAAAAAUUGUACAAGUACAUCAACCCCCACAAAAAAGGAAUAGACGUUGGCUCCCAGGAACAUUACACCACAAUCAUCACAACUUUAAAUACGCUCGUUUCACCAAACGCCGAACCAGAGGUCCUGAAAGCAAAGAACGUGAUCGAAGACCACAUGAACCAGCAUGAACACAUUUACGACGAAGCCUUGGCGAGGCUUGUCAGUUUGAACCUGACUCCAAAGGACCUCGUAGCCCGCGCUCUGCGGCGCUACCGGGAGCACCAAUCCGAAAUGGCGCCCGACCUCUGGGCGGCAGUGAGCACCAUCUUCGACUACCUGGGCGUGGAGGAGCACGACUCGACGGAGGACGAGACUGACAACAACUUUCAGAUCGUGGACGAGUUCAAAGAUCUCCUCGACGAAGCGGGCCACGGGGCAGGGCGUUCCAGGCAAAUCGUCCUCAAAUUUAUGGUGGACCACAAGGACGAAAUCACGCGCAUCUUCAAAGGCCACCGAACGCUCUUCAAGUACCCGUCCAGAGACAAAAUGGCGCUUCUCCUCGGCCGUCUGCUACGGUUCUUCCGACAUAAACUGGAUCUUCCCGUUAUCACUGCAAUAGGAGAUAUUUUGCGACGCUUGGAAGUAACUGGAGAGUCAAUGGAGGAAGUCUUCCUCGAAGAAAGCGACGUUUUCAAAUUACUGGAAGAUGCUGUAGAUGAAGACGCAGACGAUUCAGUCCAAGACGCCAAGGACGUAAUUGAGCACUUCUUCCAAACUAACCCUAACAAAACUGAAGACGUACUCACUGGCGUUAUCAUAAGAGAAAAUUUCGGUACGUUCAGAAGACUUGCCGCGAUACUUCGUCGUUUGCAGAGAAAAUAUCGUCUGUCCCUCAACUCUGAGGAAAAAGAGGCACUAAAGGUUCUCUUCCGAUACUUGGAAGUCGACGAAAACAGUUCGGUUGAAGAUCAAUUUGCCGGCACUUACAACUUCAACUCGCUGUUCAUGAAGGUAUUCCCUAACGACACCGAACCUGAAAUUUUGGAAGCCAGCCAACGUAUGCAAGACCUGCUAGCCGAAGCGAACGUAAAAUACGUUUUACGUGGCCUCAACCUGUGGAAGUUGACGGAAGAGACGCAAGUAGGGCUCAUCCUGUACCGCAUGCACAAGUACAUGAACCUGAGUGCGGCUGACAACGCGACGCUCAUGUCGCUGCUGGACAACCUCGACUACGAGCUGAUGGAGUUAGCCAGCGACGACCGCGACGAGACGUUCAAGCCCGAGGAAUCGCUGUCUGACGGCGAGAUCGACCCGUACACUUUCGACUUCGCGGGCACGUUCUCGAAGGCGGUGCCGUCGUUCGCGCCGACGCUGGCGCAGCACGCCAAGCAGGUGGUGGUGGCGGCGCUGCGCGCGCGGCCGGGCGCGUUCAAGAAGCCCCUGGAGGGCGUUCGCGCGCUCGACAGCGAGGACGAGGUGGCCACGGCGCUCAAGGUG